AUGGCUGGAGGGGUUGUGCGAGAUGAUCAAGGCCACUUCCUGGGGGCCUUUGUGAUGAACUUGGGAGGUGGGUCGAUCACCCACGUCGAGCUAAUGGGUAUCCUUCAGGGUUUGCGGUGCGCAUGGGAGCUGGGUGUGAGGAAGAUCUUGCUCCAAACGGAUUCCCGAGCGGCGAUUUAG